UCUCACCGUUUUAUUUUAUUAUUUAUUGAAUCACUCAUCAAUGCGAUGAGAUUGCUCGGAAUCAUAUGUUUGCUGUCAUUUUACGGUUGCCUUAAUGCGGCAUCGAUGUCACCGCAAGUGACUUUUGAGCCAAGCACAUUCAUUAGGAGAAUAAGAGGGACUACCUGGAAUUGGUUGAACAAUACCAAAUUCAAUUCUAAUAUUCUAAGUACGCCAGAGAUGAUAAAAAAAGAAGGUUAUCCCGCGGAAUCUUACGUUAUAAUGACGGAAGAUGGCUAUCUUUUAACAUUACAUCGUAUCCCAGGUGGCAAUGAUUCUUUACCUGUAUUAUUGCAACACGGUUUGUUAAGCAGCUCCGCUGACUGGCUUGUUCUUGGCAAAGACAAAGCAUUACCUUACCUAUUAGCUGAUCAAGGAUACGAUGUUUGGUUGGGCAAUUUUCGGGGUAAUAUUUAUUCGAGGAAGCACACUUCUUUAUCUACGUCCGAUCCAAAAUUUUGGGAUUUCAGUUUUAAUGAGAUGGGCAUCUACGACAUACCCGCGAUGAUUACAUUUAUUACUAAUAUGAGAUCGGAACUAUUGCAUACAUACAUCGGUCAUUCAAUGGGUGCAACCAGUUUUUAUAUAACGGCGUCAAAGCGUCCGGAAAUUGCUCAAAUGGUGCGAAUGAUGAUCAACCUUGCGCCAGCGGUUUAUACAAACCAUAUGCAAAGUCCAAUACGAUAUUUGGUCUCUUACAAAAAGAAUUACAGGUAAAUAAUGGGAUUUUUCUUUCACGGCAAACUUUUGCCGGAUAAUUUCUUGAGAUCUAUCAUAAGAAAUAAUUGCGAUCAAAAUAAAAAUUUCUGCAACAAUGUGAUAUCUAUGAUUUUCGGUACCAAUCGCGAACAGUUUAAUCACACUCUGCUGCCCGUCAUCUUCAGUCACUUUCCGGCCGGUGCCUCGAUUAAGACGACGGCGCAUUUCGCUCAGAUAAUUGAAUCGGGCGAGUUUCGUCAAUAUGACUACGGUCGCGCGAAAAAUCUCGUGAUAUACAACUCGGUGGAGCCUCCGAAAUAUGAUCUAGCAAAUAUCACGAUACCAGUUGCUUUGUUCUAUUCCGACGAUGACAAGGUGAUCAGCUCGAUGCUGGAAAUAAUAAGGAGAACUGGUUAUCCCGCAGAAGCUCAUGUUAUAACGACGGAGGACGGUUAUCUCUUGACAUUACAUCGCAUCCCAGGUGGUAAUGAUUCUUUACCUGUCUUAUUGCAACACGGUCUCUUAUGCACCUCCGCCGACUGGGUCAUUCUUGGCAAAGGCAAAGCACUAGCUUAUCUAUUGGCGGAUCAGGGAUAUGAUGUUUGGUUGGGCAAUUUUCGUGGUAAUACUUACUCGAGGGCGCAUAUUUCUCUAUCUCCAUCAAAUUCGACAUUUUGGGAUUUCAGUUUUCAUGAGAUGGGCAUCUACGAUUUAUCCGCGAUGAUUAAAUUUAUCACGAAUAUGAGAUCUCAACCAUUGCACACGUACAUUGGUCAUUCGAUGGGCACAAGCAGUUUUUAUGUAAUGGCGUCAGAGCGUCCGGAAAUCGCACAAAAGGUGCAAAUAAUGAUUAGUUUGGCGCCAGCGGCUUUUAUAGAUCAUAUGAAGAGUCCGAUAAAAUAUCUCAUUCCUCUCUCGAAACUAAAGAUGCUGCUGCGAUAUUUUUUUCACGACGAGGUUCUGCCGCAGAAUUUUUUCCUGAAGUUUCUCACAAAAUACGGUUGCAACAAGUAUACCAUCGAGAAGAAAAUCUGCGCCAACAUAAUAUUUAUGAUAUGCGGUUACGAUCGCGAGCAGUUUGACUACAAUCUACUGCCUGUCAUUCUGAAUCACGAUCCGGCCGGAACCUCAUCCAAGACGCUUCUGCAUUUCGGUCAGGAGCUGAAAUCGGGCAGAUUUUGCCAAUAUGAUUACGGUCGUGAGAAAAAUCUGUUAAAGUAUCAUUCACCGGUACCUCCGAACUACAAUCUGGCAAAUAUCACGGUACCAAUCGCAUUGAUCUACGGUUCUGGCGACUGGAUAAUUAAUAUCGCGGAUGUAAAGAGGCUCUCUCAGGCGUUGCCUAAUGUAGUGGAUAUUUACGAAGUACCGUGGCCGAAAUUUAAUCAUGUGGAUUUUUUGUGGGCCAAGGAUGCGCCCAAACUCAUAUAUGACAAAAUACUCAAGCUUAUAGAGAGAAAAAAUGUGAAUAAUGUUACAUCGACAUUACGUCGGUAAUCAAAAUAAAUAAUAAAUAUUGCACAAUAAAUGCUUAUAAAAAA